AUUGGCUGAGAGCGGAAUUUUUGACAUACUUUAUUUUAGCUUUUAAUAAAAGUUAUGCUUCGGAGUUUACAGUUAGCACCUCCGUCAAUAUUUUGGAAAGAUAUUGAAGAUAAUCCUCACUUCAUUAUUCAAAAGAGUUCGUGUAAAGACGUUAAAAAUGUUCAACUAUACAGAAUAGUCCUUAAAGCACCAAAUAGUUCAUUAUAUGUAGUUGCUACGUCUUCAAUCAGCAAGGAAAUUAAGUACCUUUGGAAGGAAAUCAGGAAAAUUUGCGUCAACGUUGAAGGAUUCGACAGAGAGACUGCGUUUGAUUACUUGUAUCAGAAGCUGGAGGCGAGAGCUUUUUGGUUCUGGGAAAUGGAAGAUAAAAGUGGUAACCUUACAACUGAUAAGCUCCAUCAAAUAUUCAAUUUUCCAUUCAAAGAAAGGGAAGUGAAUCAUUACUUUUGCUUCUUUGUCAGUGGGAAGGAGUCACGUCCAGGAUGGAUGUACCUGACUUUAAAUUAUCUUUGCUUCUAUCCUAACAUAUAUGGAAAUAAAAUAUGCAUACCGUGGAUCCAUGUUAUCUCUGUUUUCCAGUCAUGGUUGCGUAUAUCAAGAAGUAUUUGUGUGCGUACGCGUACUCAGAUGUACUAUUUUGUUAUCCCGGUGGGAUCAGACGAAGCUUUCAAUAUGAUUUUACAACUCGCCAAUUAUGGUGUCAGACAGCUGUUGGUGGAUGACUGUUACACAAGUUGGUCACAUUUCGAUUUAAAUCUGAAGACUUUACUAACUCAGAACUCUUCGAAUUUAUGGGAGAAGUUGGAUGUUAUAAUACGCAGUCAACACUUUCAAAAUUUGUUCCAUUUGCCUGCACAUGAAAUUUUGGAAACUUCUGUUGAGUGUAAACUGCAUAAUCCAGACAACAAUGAACCUUUGGAUGGCAAAAUUUUCUUAUCUUCGCAGUUUCUUUGUUACAGCUCAUUGGCGGAAAGUACCAAGAUUAUUCUUCCUUUGCGUGAAGUGGUCUCAGCUGAAGCCUUUCCACGGAGUAAUUCACCUACUCUUGGAGGAGUUCUCAUCAUAACAGUUGAUAAGGUAGUUUAUAUAUUUACUGAUAUUGUUGGUUACGAAGAAAUCUUACAGAAAAUUGGUUCUAACUUGGAAAUAUCGAAAGGCACAAAAUCGGAUUCUUCAGUUGUUGUUACUGCUUUUACUGACUCAUUUAAUAGAGGAUUAGGAAUUUCAUGCUCUCCUAAUACUAUGAGUAUGAUUCAGUCCAGCUUACCAAAUGCUUCUGGAUGUUUUGCAAGCCGUUAUUCCCGUGGUAGUCGUUUAGGCUCAGUGGAUCCUAAUGCUGAAGAGAAGAGAAUGAACAAUUGGAAAGCGUAUUUUGAAGAGUAUGGUUCUGGUGUUUCAAUGCGUCGAAAUGAACGCCUCAGGGAACUUGUUUUAUGUGGAUUACCUGAAGAAAGACGAGGAAGUUUGUGGAUGAUUUUAAGUGGAGCUGAAAAUGAGAUGUUUGCCAAUCCGGGUUAUUAUGAUAAAUUAAUUAAUGGCGUUCAAGGCUGCAAUAAUUUUGUAAGUGAAGAAAUUGAACGAGAUUUGUAUCGUUCAUUCCCGGAACAUCCUGCCUAUCACACAUCAGAAGGCAUUGAAUCCCUUCGGCGAGUUCUCACUGCCUACGCUUAUCGUAAUCCUAGUGUAGGUUACUGUCAGUCAAUGAAUAUAGUCGCCAGCGUUUUGCUACUAUACAGUACAGAAGAACAAUCAUUUUGGUUAUUGACAGCUAUCUGUGAGCGUUUAUUGCCUGACUAUUAUGAUAAUCGGGUAGCUGGCGUGCGUGUUGACCAACAAGUUUUUCAUGACUUAGUAAUUGAAUAUGUUCCGGAGUUAAAACAUAUUCUACAAACACCAAGCCAGGAAAAUUUGGAAAGUGAAUUCGGAAAACCAAAAAAUAUACUUUCUGAUAACAAUCUCGAGGUAGUUGGAUCUACUUCUUCGGGACCAUUUUCUGGUCCCUCAAUGCGUCGGUCUCUUGGCUCAGAGUUGAUAAGUAUGCUACCUUUGAGCUGGUUCUUAACAUUAUUUCUCAAUACCAUGCCUUUUAAAUGUGCUGUAUAUGUUCUGGAUUUUUUCUUCUAUGGUGGUGCUCGGGUUAUUUUUCAAAUUGCUCUUGAAGUACUUCGGCAGCAUACAGUAAUUAUCAAGAAAGCUGUUGAGAGUGAUGAUGAUAGUCCUGUUCUAACUAACCUUUGUGCUUAUUUUGAGCAAUUGCGUCAUUCAGAUCAUUCCAGUGAUGAUAAACGUCUUCCAUCAGAUAAUUCUGUUGGCGGUAGUAAACAAAAAUAUUCCGUUGAUACCUUUGUGCUACGUGAACGUGUACACAAGUUAUUAGCUUCAGCUGAUGAAAAUUUCAAUAUUACAAACGAACUUAUCGAUAGAAUGCGUUUGCAGUGUAGACCUAAAGUUAUUCAAUCGCUCAGUGAUUAUGCCUCCAAAGAAGUUGUGAGAAGCAUGGAACGUGAAUUUCAGAGUGAUCUGAUUCCACUAUUUGAAUGUUAUAGAGAUCAUUAUAUCCUUUCAAGAUUGGAAAGGAUGUAUCAAACUGCACCUGCUAAAACCCACAAUGAAACUAAUAAUCCUAAUCGUCCAGCAUAUGAUGUUCACCGAAUUGAUGCGUAUCAAUUCGGUAGUUUAUUUCGUGGAUUAGUUCCAUGGGGUGCAGUUGCACCGCAUUUGUGCUUCCCAUGUUUUCGUCUGCUGGAUGAAGAUGAGGAUAAUUUGAUAAAUUUCAAAAGUUUUGCUUGGUUAAUGCACUGUAUAUGUGGCCAUGAUUUAAACAGUAAACUGCGGUUAUUGUUCUUGUUACAUCGGCCACCGUAUUGGAUUUCAUCUCAGAAAAACAAUGAGUUAAAGUGGAGUUUACUGACAACAUCAUCAUCAUCUCGUAAUAAUCACUGUGUUGAACAUUGUGAAAAGGAUAGUAUUAAUUCUUCCUGUGAUACAAGCAGUAGUAGUUAUCAACUUUGUUCCAGAUCUGAUUUUGAUGCAGUUGAAAUAGGUACAGAUGUAAUAGCAGAUGAAUGUGUCCAAUAUCAACAACAAAAUGAUGGUACUGAUAAUGCUGUUAAUGAAGUUAUCACGUUCCCAAAAAGUGAUGCAUCUGGAUAUUCUCCAAUCUGUAAACAAGAUGAGAUUCAUUGUACUAUCCACGAUCCUUUAGGAUUUAUUAGUAACAAGUACAGUUCAAGAGAUAUGUGUGACCAGAUAUCAUUAACUUACAGUCAAUUCCAGUGUUUAACAGAGAGUAUACGUUUAUUCGUGGAAAAUGCAGAAAAGAACAAGGAAGAGCUGUUAGAUUCUGUGAACUGCUUAUUCCUUGAAUUAUUUACAGAAGAGUUACAAAUGUUGAACGAUCUAAUAAUAGCACUACCGGACAAAAUGAUAGCAUAAAUUUUAAUGACAGGGAUAGUGAUAAUCGACGCCCUAGUGUUGAAAGUAUGAUUAGUUCUUUUUGGAAGUUAAAGCUAUCUGACUUCCAGAAAGCUUUUUGGAAGCAAGGAUUACUACGUAAUCAUUUCUGUAAGGAGUUAUCUAUUGAACAACAGUGCUCUAGAUUUCGCGAUUGGCUUUAUUGUUCUUAAAGUUGAAUAAAGCCUAUUGAUUAGUUUAAUUUUCCUAAUAUAUUUUAUAUUUAACUUUAUUAUUUAUGCUUUUCACUUCUGACUGUUGUAUUUACUUUUAUAUGAAUUCACAGAAGCAUCUUACUGUUCUGUUUUGUUAUUGUGCAAAGAGCUUAUUUUCUUGUAAUUUGUAAUUUUUUUCUUACUUGUCAUUAGUGUUAUUUUCAACAGUUUAUGUGUUAUUGCUUGUUGAACACAUCGUUGCUGUAAAAUUUGUCACUGUUAUGUAUACAUGUAAUCUCUUUUCAACAUAUCCCGGUCGCAAAUUUUUACUAACUUUCUUUUAUUCUGAUCCUCUUAAUUUCGUUUAAUAAAAGUAAACUUCCUGACGAUUAUUUCUUUUAACAAUAAUGGUUUCUUCCCUACUGUAACAUACAAACGCCAUGUAGAAAUGACCAAUCAAGUAGUUCUAACCUCUGUUGUCAGUUAAUCGUUUCAAUUUUGUUAUUUCUAUUUUGUUUAUUUAUUUUUCUCUGAACUGUUAACAGGUGAUCUGAUUGUCUUAAUUUGGCUUAUUUGUUCAUUAGUAAAGUGGUCUAUAUGUCUUUGCUAUUGUAACUGUUUUCUAGAUUUGCCGAUUUCAACAGCGCACCAAGUAUGUUCCAAUAAAUUGAAUCUCCAGUAUCGAGAAUACUAAAUGUAAUUAAUGCAAAAGUUUUUUUCUGUUGUUCAUUGACUCGAUGAGUAGAACUAAACUAUUUAAACUAGAAGGUAGUUGUAAUAAAUUCCUGCUUAACGUUGAAUAAUAUAUAUCACUACUAUUUACUACUAUUCGAUUGGAUUCUACCAUAGUAACCAAAUUUUUUACUUACAUCUGCUUGAUCUUGAUUUCUAUGUAUUUAAGCAAGCACUUUAUGAUUCCAGUCGUCAACUAGUCUUUAGAAUGAAAAAUCUUUAUGAUUCUGAUUCUACUAGUUAGUUAGUUAGUUAAUUGAUAGGUUAAAAUUUGAAUCAGUUGUACAAAAUGAUGGUAAUGAAGAGUUCAUUGUAAAACCAUUUCUUCUGGAGAAUUUAUCACUGAAAUCAUUUCAUGGACUGAAAAUGGGAAUGAAGUUUUGUGCUUACCAUUAUAACCAUAUGAAUUGAAGUCAGUUCGUGAAAUUUACAACUGACUUUAAACAAAACAUUUGUUACAGUAAUCGAGCUUUUGAUAGUAGAGAUAGUUAAUUUGUAUUUUUCCUUACUCGUAUUGUAACGAAAAUAGCAGAUAUGAAACCAGAUCUCAUAGCUUUUGAUCUUGAUGGUUUAUAGAUCACAAUUGUUGUCAUUCUAAACCUAUGUUGUUUAUAAAUAGUUUAGGGUACUGUGGAGAAAGCAGGUGAUUAUUUGCCUUUAAGAUAUGUCUGAUGCAUUUAUUAUGUAAAUCGUAGAAAUGUGAUUCAUCAUUUAAUAGGCAAAGCUCAGUCUAGAAUUGGGACAUUGUUUACCAUUUAUGUUUUCUGGCCUCUUGGUCAAUUAGUCAUGUUGAAGUACAUCUAGUUUUUGUAGGUCAUAAAAAAUAUACGUUUGGUUGAAUUCUCAAACUGACUUGAAUCCAUUAUUAGAAAUAGUUUUACUGUUUACAUCACACUUUCUAUCGGGCAUCUUUUAAUAAAAAACUGAAUCUUUCUACUUUGAAAUAUGGGAUAUGCCACAGAUUAUAUUUAUGGAUUAUGUCUCAUUGAAGGCAUAUUUGCUUAAAAUGACGACUUCCUACCCUCUAUUAAUAAUUUGAGAGGGAACGAUGCAGGUUAAUUACUUAUUUAGUUCCUAAACAGAUAAGCUGUUCAUGAAUUUAGAAUUGCAAGUUAACCGAACAUAUUUAAGAACAUCCAGCUUGAGAUUCGUUUUUGCGCACUGUAUGCUGUUUUCUGAGUAGACGAAUGACAAGUGAUUCUGAUUACCUUACUAUCAGUUCACUUACUAUUCUGAUUCGAAGUAUAUUAGGCGUAGCGAUAGAUUGAUGUAAAUACGUGUACCAACUUCUCUUUUGUAAUGAUAACACGAAUAUGAUUUGACCAAUUCGGAUAGAAAAAUUUGUCCAGACUCAUUUUAUUUUGAAUAAUUCAUUUAUGAUCAGUAAUGAUCAUUUAUUAAUUCUAAUAGUUUCGUACCCGAGUCUAAGUUAUACUCAUCUUGUGAAGGAUUUAUCUUUAUUUUCAAAAAAGGUUUUUUAUUCUUCAAAUUUUGGUUAUUUGACUGUUCUUACCAAUGUGAACGUGACUGUUCAUUCCACUAAUAUACACACUACUAUCUAUGUUAUGUGUUAGUGUAUUUCUAAGCUUCUAAGUACUUCAUUUCUGAAGUACUGUUUUCUUGUUCGGUGGCCAAAACUUUCAGCUAAUUGACGUAGGGACUCAUUUUAUACAUCCUUAAACUGUACUCUCACAACAUAGCAUAUUACAUAAAAUCCUUGUAGUUAUUUCUGAUAACUCUUUACUGUCUUUAUUAUUUAGAUUCCUUUGUUUUCAGUAUGAAAGAUAGCGCCCUCAGAAAUAUACUAAUUUCCAUGUAACCAUACUUUGACAGUCAAAGUUAAGCGACUUUCGGGCAAGCUGAUUUAUGGUAAGGAAGCAGAAUACUAAGGUUCUUCCGAUAAAAUACCAUACUGCUUUUUAGUAUCUUAGACUGUCUAGAUUGCAUUGUGAAAAGCUUUUUCAAUAUUUCGGUUCCUUGAACUUUAAACUUUAUUGCCUCUAGCAUUCAUUACGCAUACCCUUUUCUAUAAUCUCCCCUUUUAAGAAAGACUAAUGGUAUCUGCACACAUUAAUUAUUAUUAUUGACUGAAACUGGGUUACUUCCUGUAUUUUUCUCUUGUAGAUGAGUUGUUUUAGUCAUUUUACUCAAUCUGCAUUCAGGUGUUCAUUAGUUAUGUUGUUAUGUUAUGUUAUGUUGUUGUUCGAUCAUUUACUUUAAUGUUGGAAUCAUUAUUUGUUGAUAAAUUUAUGGGUUCCUUUU